GGCAAAAUCAUUAAUUCUAAUUUUUAUAUCUACUUUGGGUUUGUUAUUGUGUUUAAUGUUAUUUGAGUGACAGUAAUGGAAAAACUGUGUAAAACUUAUCAAAAGAGCUAUACAUCCAAAAGAGUCGUUCCAAUGAUCAUAUUCUUCGACUACGACAACAACACCACCGAAAAAAUACUCUGACUUUUGCCUUAAAUAAUAAUCAUUUUUUGUGAUUCUGCCAUCACUUGCACACCAACACAAUUACCACUACAACUACAACCACUCCAUCGACUACUUUGCAACUCUCAUCACUUAUAGUUUUUAUUUAAAAAGUUUUGUUGAAUUCAAAGAGCGUUUAUAAGGGAAUAAGUGAUGGCUUUCUACGACGACAAGCGAUUCAUUUUGUCUCAUAUCAGACAUUCAUUUAUAACGUGCGACGACACGGGUAUGUGUGAAAUGGUUAUGUUGAAUGAGUCCAUACGGAACAAGUACUUGGAUGAUGAAGACGUUCUCAAAAGUCUGGAAUUGGAGACAAAGUCAGAGCUGUCAGAAGCGGCACAAUCUUAUGAUAUAAUGUCUGAUAUGGAGUUGAUUGGCGUCAGGAGGCGUUCAAAUACAGCCCAACGGCUCGAACGGCUUAAGAAGGAGAAGAAGAGUCAGGCGAAAGUGCGAACCAUUCCCUGGAAGACUAAUCCCAAUCCACUUUCCGAAUCCGAAAUAAACGAAUUGUUUCCUAAAAAAGAGUUGUCCGUCAGUGAAAAGUCGAGCCCAACUCUGGCCGCUCCGACCCCAAAGAAGUCUGCGCUGACUUUGCAAUUGGAGAGCUGUCCCGACAUUCCCAACAAUCCGUUCAACGAAUUCGCCCGCUUUGACGGUCGUGUGAGCGAAGGCGCGCCCAUUAAGCGCAUCACAAUCUAUCUGACAAUGUUAUCACCGCAACAAAGGCAACACCCCAUGGAAGUGGUCACUCAGAUCAACGCCCGCGUCGACGACUUGAUUGGAUUGAUUUGUUGGCAGUACACCAAUGAGGGCAAAGAGCCCCGACUGAAGGCCAAUGUAUCGCAUUAUUCGCUGCGAAUCGCCGAAGAGAACGGCGAAGUGGACGCAGACUUUCCCAGUUUGAACUCCAAAGAACUUGUGGCCAAAUUCGGAUUCCCUGUCCUCGCAUUGGUCGAGAAGGACGAGCACGAGAACAACCUAUUGGUCACGAUUUUUAUAGACGAAGUGUUUUCUAAAAUCCAAGUGAAUAGCCUUCAGAUAUCACUGCAAGAAGUUCUGGACCUAACGAUGAGGAAGAGACGGCCAUCGCUUCUAAAAGGCAUCAAUUAUAAGUUGGAGAAACGCAACGAACCGGGCGUUCCGUUAGACUUGAAGCAAACUCUGGCCGAUUGCAAUUCACUGGAGUUUGUUUUGGUUCCCGACCAACUGUUAGGUACGGCUCGACACCACACACACCAUACCGUUCCCAAAAAGCGUUCGCGUCAUCACAAACGCGAUCUCGAUUAUAAUGAGAGCCGAACCGCAAAGCGAAUAGAGUUAGACAUGUCGGCAAUGGAGGCGCCGCUGUACCGGUCGUAUAACGUGACGGCAAUCAACAAAUUGGGUCGAACUGCAGACGUGGAGAUGGUUGUCUAUUGGAACGGCGAUGAGUACAAGCACUGGACGUUUGAGGCCGAGACCAGUGUUACGAAUGAAAUCCUUAAGAAACUUCAUUUUGUGAUGAAAAUGAAAACAAGUCUUAUUAGAAACGAAUAUUUUGCUCUCAAAGAGCACAAACACCUCAAGAAAUAG